AUGUACAUCAAAUCUGCUAUCACUGCGGUCACCGCAUUCGCUACUCUUGUUCCAAGCAUCUUGGCAGGGAAAGCCGUUGUUGACAACCACUGCGAGUACCAGGUUUAUCUGUGGUCAGUUAGCGGAUCAGGUUCAUCAACGAUGAAGACGAUCAGGCCCAAUGGCACUUACGAUGAGAAUUUUCGUAGACCUCCAUGGGGUGGCGUUUCCUUGAAAAUUGGCUUACAACCUGUCCGAAGCAACAUCACCCAGUUCGAGUACACCCUCGUCAAUACCACAGUGUGGUACGAUCUUUCAAAUAUUGACGGCGAUCCGUUCCGGGACGAAGGCUACAAGCUCACCAGCAACAGCAGCUGCCCAGAAGUCUAUUGCCCUCCGAGCGGCGCACCCUGUAAGGAAGUCUACAACCGUCCAGAUGACGAUUGGGCGACUCAUGCAUGCAGUUCCACUGCUGUUCUCGUUUUAACCCUCUGCACUUCUUAA